AUGGCACUCCAUGUCCCAGCAGCACUGAAUACACAUCAGACCUCUUUGAAUGGUCAGAUACCUGAUGAAAAUAUUGACUAUGAUGAUUAUCCGGAGGGAGCUUCCAUUCCACUUGUCACAGACUCAGAUCAUCCGGCUAUAACCAUUGUGGACAAAUCUGGUGUUCACUCCCUAUCCAUAUGGUAUUGCCACUGCCCCGGUGCUCUCAACCAGGAUAUGCAGCUCUUUCAAGCAGGCUUGCUUCCGGCAUAUUUCACCAGACCAAAAACUGCAUUUACAUUCUCUGUCUUGGACGACUUUCUGCUAGACAACCUUGAGUGUGGUACAUCAGCCAUGAAUUACUACAGUAAGAUCCGGAGGCUAACCUCAAGCAUCUUUCCAUUGAUGGUUCCAGAUCGCUACAGGGAGCUCAUGAGAACUGCCAGGCAGUGGUGUCAAUGCAAGCUUUACAAGUGGCAUGGGUUUGCCCACAAAGACAAUGAGCCAAUGGCUGGUGAUCUCGCCCUAUUUUGUCCUGCAUGUCCUCAACCGGGGAUAAACUUGGACCUGUCAACCGCCAAGCACCUUCAUCCGGUGAAUCCAUCCGAUGAAGUACCCUUGAUGGAUGGUCUUGCAUUUAUGGUUGGAGAUGAAAGAUACAAGAGUCAUUUGUCUAUUGCCCAAGACCGUGUCCAAAAGUCAGAUUGCAACAAUCACCACGCAGUCAAUCAAGCAAAUGCCUCCCGGCAAAAGCUGGAGGCCACUGGUAUAGGAGGAUGUGCAUGUGCACGGCAUGGAUGUUUUGUCCCACAUUCCAUGGUGGAUUUUCAGAAGGGUGAAAGGUUUAGUGGCAUGUACAUGGCCAUCAGGACAGCUGCUAUGUCCGCCAGGGGCAUGGGAACUCCACAUCGCAAGGAGGUAUUGGAUUAUCAGAUGAAUGAUUGCAACUUUAUAAAAAUGAUUCGCAUAACCAAGUUUCUCUGCAGAAAGUUCAAGGAGGCUGCCAGGGGUGCUGCAGAGAGCAAACUCUCAUUCCAAAAUAUUAAUGAGAUGGCUCACCCUGACAUGGUCAUUCUUUGGGAGGCAGAGGAGGCACUUGCUCAGGCAAACAGACUGGAGGAUCCAGCAGCCAUGGACAUUUAUGAGGUCAGGUUGGAAAAGGGCAAGUCUCCAACUAGAAAGCAGCAGGAGUUGCACCUGCUGCAGGCUCAAAAUCAUCCUGAUCAUUUAGUGACCGGUUCCCUCAGUCAACGAGAAGCUGCCACUUGGCUUGCAACCGGUCUCACCAUAGAAGAAUCCCAAGUCUCUCUCUCUAGAGAUGUGAAAAGGCUCGGCAGGCAUCCAACCGACAGUCAAUUACUGAGAGUAGCCCGACUCAGGGACAAGCUACAAACUCGCAUUACAGGCUUUCUCGAGAUGGCACCUACUUAUCUUGGAUUUGAAGUCGAUGCCGAUGAACCGGAUUCUCCGGUAGACAGGGUUCACAAUUCACUUGAUGAAGAUUAUUCUGAUCUCGAUGAUCGUGAUCACAAUCCGGAUCCGGAAAUACAUCAUGCCUCCAUAUUUCAACCAGAGCUUACCAUCAUACCUUUGCCUUCUAACCUUGGUAUGGUCAGAUGCAAGGAAUUGGGUCUAACUGAUCUCAUGAAAGAAGAAACUGCCCUCCAUGAAGGCCAGGCCAAUGAUGCACUCCAUGCAAUUAGAGUUCAUUUGGGAGAUAAAGCCAUUAUAUUCCGGAAUACUGUCCGGUCAGCUAAGUCACAGGCCUCCUCCACCAGGGCAUGGACCCAAGUUCGCUCAGUGGAAAAAGCAGUAAAUCUCAAUGCCAGGAUAUAUUCAAAGUGCCGGUUGCAGCUAGUCAAACUCCCGGAUCACGACCUCUUGAAGAAAUAUCUUCCGCUAAAGAAAGAACACCUGAAAGCAAGUGCUGCAGUGGCAGAUCCAAAUGCACGUGGCCAGAGGGACGCUACUCUCGCAUGGUUCUGGUGCAUGGAUGUUCAGGGAGAUACAUCCGGAAAUGACUGGAUGACAGAAUUUUACCGGGUGAAUUGGCUCCGGACAAAGGCACUUUGUGAUCGUUGGAAUGAAGAGGUCAUUCUUGUCAAGCAUGAAAUGCAGUGGUCCAUCAAUUUCUUCAACCACAAGGCCAAGCAAUGGCUUGGUCACAAGGACAAUGCUGUGUCCACUGGGCUGACCGGACAUGCAUGUUAUGCUGCCAGACAAUCUCAAAUAUAUCAUCAACUAGCUGCACAUGCAGCGGAUUCUUUUCGGAAAAUCAUUCUGGUAACUCAGCUGGAAGGACCGGUUGUCAGACAGUUAAUAGUUGGCCAAUGUAUAAUUAUAUCAGACAUGUGCAAACAAUCCCACUUUGUACUACUACAACAACAUCCUCAUUCACUCUCCAUGAACAACACUGGAAAACUGGUUCCCUCUGACCAAGUCAUCAUCGCCUACUCGGAUAGUCAGAUCACCGCUGGAGAGAUUUCUCGCGCUUUAUUCUAUGCCAAUUCUCGCUUGUUGGCCAUGCGCCUGUCUGUUGACAAGAGUUGUGCCACCGGCACACCUGGAUAUGCAGAAAAAUUUCACACACUCAUGAAACGGGAAAUGGAGGUAAGCACCUGGUCAUCCGGUCAUCUGGUCAUCCGGCCAUCCGGCCAUCCGGCCAUCCGGCCAUCCAGUCAUCCUGAUAUUCCUUACUACUUCAAUGCCUGGUGGCAGGAAAACCUUGGCUCUUGCAGGGUGUCAGACAUAUUGCCAAAGUCAUCGGUUCAAGAUGUGAUGGAGUUGGUUGAGGGCCAUUUUUCAGAACUUCCUGAUCAUGUGGAAACUGGCCUGCUUCCAUAUAUGCUUGAGUGUGGCCCAGUUCAUUUACCGGAGACAAUCGGAUCGGCAUCUCUUGCGCAGUGCCGUCAGAUGACAAUUGGUAGAGAGCUGUUGGAAAUAUUGCAGGGAAGGAUGACGAACCUCAUACGUUCAAGUGAUAGGUUGGCCGGAUUAAUUGGGCCAGUUGAUGAAAUCACACGGGCUGUGGUGUCUUCACAGUCACUCAUGGACUGGUUGAAUACAGAAGACAGUGCAUCUGCAGUGCGGUCAAGCACAAUUUGA